AUGUUUUAUUCAGUAGUUUACCAAGUUAAAUACAAAAUUCCAGCAAAGUGCGUCACCGAUCAGUUUUUCUGCCGCAUCAGUCAAAAGUGCGUUCCCUCCGCUCGGCGCUGUGAUGGACGAAGCGACUGCAUCAACGCCGAAGAUGAAUGGGAUUGCGUCGCCCUUACGGAUGGCAGGACAUUAGUGUUCGACAGUGAUUUACGUCCAAAGCAGAGCAUGAAAGGUAUAAUUACAAUCAAUCGUUUCGGUGUCUGGAGACCACUCUGCACCAACGCAUCCGUCGACAACGCCGCAUCUAUCGCCGCAAAUGUUUGCAAUUUGUUAGGCUUUGAAGAAUACACAGUUUUCCAUAAAUUAUCCGUGCCAGAUAAGCCAGUAAACGCCACAAUCGACGGCUUCCAGCGAAACCGUUCCUCAUUAGACGAGAUCCCUCUUUGCGGUGGCCUCUUUGUCAGAUGCUUGAAUGUGUCUUUGGACGACAACAUACACAAACUCCAUCAAGAUAACGUUACCAGCCGAGUGGAACUUUACACUUCUCCUUGGAACGCCGUGAUUUAUUUGGACGGUAAAUUUAGAUGUACUGGAACGAUCCUCAAUCCGCACUGGAUUAUUACAGCCAGAACAUGCUUCCAGGAUCCAUUAGAAGUAGACGCUUAUAUAGCUGUGCUCGUUGGCAAAGGCAAGGCUCAUUUGGAUGUGGAAGGCCCUCACGAACAAGUAAUUUUGAUCGAUGGCAUGGCACUCGUAGAAGAAAUCGGAGCGAUUGUUUUGCGUAGCCAGCAAAAAAUUUGCUUCAACAGAUAUGUUAAGUCGGCAAGAAUAACCGCAAAGUCGCGCUUCAUUAAAGAACACUGUGUUGCAAUUGGUUUUGAGAAUAAAAAAAGUCAAAUGGUGGUUUUAGAAGCUGAAGAGGAGUGUUCGGUGGGUUUUCGAUGUUUCAAGGAAGUAUUGGGUCAUUGUGAGCAUCGAACACGAGAGCUUUGGAAUGGGGUAAUCGUUUGUUAUUCGAAGGAAGGUUGGUACACGGCUGCCGUUUACGGUGGAGUAAAAGGGCCUUGCGAUUUUAGUGGACAUAAGUUUCGGGUUAUCGAUGAAGUUAAAACUCAGCUGGCAAUGGGCAACGACCUUCAACUUUUCGUAAAUUCUACAGAAUGUAAAAGUUUCCGAUGUUUCUUAGGCCAGUGUAUAAAAAAUCACACUCUGUGUGAUGGAAUAUCAGAUUGUCGAAACGGGGAAGACGAGGAACUAGAUUUCUGUACACGUCUAGAGCACGAGUGCCAUCUAUCGACCAACUGUACGAAGCUUCCAGCUUGCGACUGGACGGACUUUAAAUGUAGAAACGGCAAAUGCAUUCCGAAAUCGUCGUUUUGUGACACGAUUAAUGAUUGCGGGGACAAUUACGACGAGCCGGAAGAGUGUUCAUGCAGAACAUAUUUGGAAACAGUCCAUCCUGAAAAAAUUUGCGACGGUACGUUAAACUGUCGGGACCGAGGCGACGAGAAAAACUGUCCUUGUCAAUUCCCAACGAAUAUCACCUGUGGCGAAACGGAUCUGUGCAUUUCACAAGAGAUGUUGUGUGACGGAUUCAGAGAUUGUCCGGAUGGCGAAGACGAAAGUCCGUGUUAUUCAUUGAAGACCAGUUUAAGGAGCAUGCAUAGUGGGGAAGUCUUGAAACGUACCGCAGGCGUUUGGCAUUCCGGUUGUUUCGCACGAAACCUUACCACGACGAAGUUGGAACAGAUCUGCCAAAGACUGGGCUUCUCUGGGAGCAGCGCUAGAGCUCUAGAAGCACCUAAAGGCACCCAUAAUUCAGCGAGGAAGCCUAUAAUAGACCGUUUCGACGUCGUAUGGAUUCGAGGAGGCGAAGAAAGUGGACGCUGGCUACAAAUGAGAACAGGAAAUGAGCCUUACGUGAAAUUUAUGGAAGACGCUAACUGCUACAAAUUGUUCAUAACCUGCUUGUAGCUACCGUCUCUAUUAAAUAAUG